UGCGUUUUGACAUGUAGCAAACAGCAGCAGACAGAAGUGUCCAGGAAACGGUGUCGUUUCAGGCUAGACGAUGCGUUUUGAUCUCACUUCGGUUCUUCCAGGCUUUUCGUGAUCCCUGCAAUCAAACCACCUUGUCUAUGUCUCUGUAUCCCAAAAUGCUGCGUUUGAAGUUCGUGGAGUUUCCUUCCAUCUCUCUUCGGAGAUCGGAAUCGGACAGUCUAAAUUCUGUCAGAUUCGUAUUCGGGGUACCCGCCAUGGAAGAGGCAGAGAAGAAGAAAGACGAAGACGAGAAUGAAGAGCUGUUGAGAUUCACGAGGGCAGGUAAAUAAGGUGGCGAACACACCGAUGUACACAAGUUGGAUGAGCAUUUAAGCUCCCACUCAUUCAAGAGAUAACCACAUCUCAUACUACAUUUAUCUCUUAAUAUUGACAGAGAUGGGGAUGGCGACAAUGGUGGUAGGCUGACUGGGCUAGAUGGAUUUCAUUUUUCAAUUCGAGAAUUUUGUAUCUGAUGAAAUUGCCGAGAGGAUCAAUAUGCAGCAAUCUACACAAGACUGUAUCACAUGAAACUGCAGGAAUUUUUUGCACUGCAUGAUGUCAGAAAUAAUGGUAAAUCCUCGGUGGCGAUCUGUUGAAUUGGGAAAGUAGUUGGUUUCUCUUGUAUAAAAGGAGGAUAUAAAAUGGAUGUUGAUGGCAGUAAGCUCAUCUGUAUUCUUAAUAAGAAUUGGUUUGAAAUAGACGAUAUCGUUAUCAAUAUUCUUUCAAGGCUGUCUGUUAAGUCCAUUACCUUAUGCAAGUCUGUUUCUAAAGAUUGGUAUAGGUUGAUAAACUCCCCUCCUUUCAUCAAGACACAGUUAAUCUGGUCCAAAGAAAACCCCUUAUAUAUUGUUUACCCUCAUAUGUAUUUCAUUCCGAAUGUAUAUUUCAUGGAGGGCAAUGGGGAAAUCAUUGACAGGAUUCCUCUUCCAGCUUGCAGAAAUUUUUCCUCUCUUAGUAUGAUUUGUUCCUUCAAUGGUUUGAUCUGUUGCAUCAACUAUGCCAGUCCUUUAGAUAUGACUGAGGUUUCUGACUUGGAUAUCCUGAUCUGCAAUCCUGCUAUUCAAGAAGUCCUAGUACUUCCUAAUGGUAGCCCAUCCAUUGAGGAUCCUUCAAUUGGAGUUGCUUUUGGCCCUGGAAUCAAUGAAUAUAAAGUGUUUCGGUUCUUCUAUGCUGCAUGUGAAUUAAAAGUCAAACAUCUAGAGUGUGAGGUUUAUUCAUCAAUGACUGAAUCAUGGAGAAGAAUAGAAAGUGUGGAACACUGUCCCAUGGAUUCAACCCAUGUAUUUGUAAAUGGAAGAGUGUACUGGUUUAUCUGUUCAGAAGAACACCCAGUUCCUGGCUCCAUCCUUUCAGUUGACAGGGAUGAAAAUUUCAGAGAAAUUAGGCUUCCGGAUGAGUUCUCUGAGAACUCAUUCUUGAUUGAUCUUGACGGUUGCUUAUCACUGGUGGUUGUAUAUGAUGAGGAUGAGGAAAAAAUGAGCAUUUGGGUUUUGAAGGAUUGUAAUGAGUCUAUUUGGGAGAAGAAAUGCAGUGAUUAUAUUCCCAUUGAUGCUAUUGAAUGUGUUGACUCUGUAGCUGCACGAAAAAAUGAGAUAUUUUUCAUAACUUCAGCCCAUUAUCUUGUCUUCAAUGUGGAUUACAAGACUUGGACAGAACUUGACAUAGCUGGUACAUUUGAAGAGAAUUUCCCUGUUGCAUUUGCAUUCACUGAAAGCCUUCUUCCAUGUAAUAGGCCCCUUGGUUCCUAGAUAGAGGGCAGAUUCCAAUCAGAAAACAGGAGGACCUUGAACGUUGUCCUGUAUUCUUCCUUCUUGCCAUGUGGAGGCUCUUUUUGUGCAACUUAUCAUUGGACUGAUAGAAAGAAGUGAUAUGUUGACAGCAGUGCAAUUGCUUCCAGUUUUUCAUUCUAGUCUUAUGCUUUCCUGUGUUUUUUCAACUUUCUUCUUAGUUUGCUAGAAGCUGGUUCAAAUACAACCAGCAGGUGUUGGCUCUUCUAAGUACUAUGUCUAGACUUUUCAGUUUAUUUUCUCUUUGGUUAUGAAUAGCUUGUGAUGCCUUUCCCCGAGCCAAGACUUCUUCUGUUUAUCCUGUCUGGUUAAACUCUAGUGAGAGUUUAACGUCUAGCAUGUAUGGGCUUUUCUUUAGUUUUCUGUUGGAACUGCUUCUUUUCAUGUUCUGUUUGGUUGCCUACUGCCGGAAAAUUAUGUGAAUUAUUUUUCGGGACAA